AUGUUCAUUUCAUCUUCCGACAGUUUCUGUUAUAAGAAGGCUCUUUUCGCAAGAGAUACAGCAUCAUCAGUGAAAUCAACUGCUCAAUCAUUCAAAUCAUGGGACACUUGUAUGGACAAUAGAGUAUGUAAAAUCGUUGCUAUAGUUGGGAUAGUGUUCGGGGUUUUGAUUGUGUUUUGGGUCUUAAGUACACUCAUCAGAUGUGUAUGUUUGGGAUUCCAAUGUAUUGAGGCCUGUUGUUGUUGUUGUGGCCGUAGUUCUGGUUCAAGAGGUCAAACAGUCAUUGUUCAAGCACCAAAUCAAGAUUCCUCUUAUGGUAAUCCUAAUAUGUAUCCGCCAACGUAUGCUCCCACGUUUUAUCCCAAUCCACAAAGAGAUGCCAGUGGAGGAGGCACCGCUCCUCCUCAACAAGCAUACUUCACCAAUAGACAAGGCUAUGAAAGUGUUUAUACUCCUCAUAAUAAUGCUGGUUCAAAGUAUGAUGAUAGACCCAUGUACACGGAUGAAAUUGAAAAGUAUGAUAAUAACACUGCUUACAGGGGAUACUAG